GGCGACCCGGUGUGUUGUGCCUUGGUGGUGAUCGUCGCCGCUUGCGCUUUUUGCCAGCCAUGAGCGGGCUGAGGGUGCAGCGGGACUUGCAGGAGGCGGCUGCUCUGGAGCGGCGGCGGCAGCGCGAGCUGCAGCGGCAGGGCCGCAUCUUUAACGCGAGAGUUCGGACCAUCGGGGGAAGAUCACUGGAUCUCAGUGUACUUUACUGAAUGCUGAUUUAUACCAUCUGGAGGUCUUUUUGGAGUACUGUUGUAUAUCUACCUUUGGACAGGUUUUGAUAGAUCCAUUUAAACGAGACAAACAUCUAAAGUACAAGUUGAUAAAGAUGCGUUGGAUGCCCAGGUCAAGGAUAGGAAAAUUCAAGAAGCAACUGAAAAAGCACGAAAUGAAGAACUUGCUAAUGAAAUGAAGCAAAAUGACAAGAUGAUGUGUAUGUUAGAAGAACAACAGAAACGCAAUAUCAGAAACAUAAACAAGGCUGUCAGUGACUUUCAGAAGAAUUUCCAGAAGCCAGAAACAAGACGUGAAUUUGAUCUAUCUGAUCCCCAGGCUUUAAAGAAGGACAGACCUGCUCGGCUUUCAGACAAUGAUCCUCGAUGCACUGUAUCUGGCUUGCAGAAGUUUAUGGGUGAAGACUUAAACUAUGCUCAGAGGACGAAAUUUCAAAAGGAGCAGUUAAGAGAGUGGUCUCUUCAGCAACAGAGAGAUCACAAGAAUGCAUUAGCUGAUAAAAAAUUUUUAGAUGAUCUUCAUGACAAGAAUAGGAUUGAACUGGACCGAAAGACUAUGGAGCAACAACGAAUAGAAGAAGAAACUAGACGCGCUGUUUGUGCAGCUACCAAAGACUUUAACAAAAGCCAGGCUGCUGAAGUAGCUGAGAGAAAGAAGCUGGAUAAGCGUCAAAAAAUGAAAGAUGAUAUGGAUGAAAUUUCCAGCCUGCUUCAAGGAAACUUACUUUCUGAAAACCCUGCGCAAGCCAUCAGUUCCUUUGGUACACAUCGUGUGAUCACAGAUCGGUGGAAGGGAAUGAGUCAGGAUCAGUUGAUGGCAAUCCGCUCCUUUCAACAGCAACAAGUUCUGGAGAAGCUGAGACUAAAAGAGGAGGAACGCCACAGAGAUGCUGAAUGGGACAGGCAAAGUAUGCAGGCUGCAAGAGCACAGUUAAUUUUAGAACGGCAUCAAGAACGACAGAAUCGGGAACGCCGCCAAGCUCUAGAUAGCAUAAAUGCACAACUAUCCCACGAGCAGAAAUCAAAGAACAUUUAUCUUAAAGAAGAAGAAUAUUCAAAUUGUCCAACAAGCCAGUACUUUGCACAGUUCAAUACAACCAGUCGAUGACAUGCUAGAUGCAUCAACCUGAAGUACACAGAGAAUUAAAACAUAUUAAAUUUUUAA